AUGUCGUACUUAUUGCCGCAUCUAGAGAGUGGCUGGGCCGUGGACCAAGCGAUAUUGAACGAAGAGGAUGUCAAGAACUUUGCCGCUAUUUAUGUGGUGGACAUCACGGAGGUACCGGAUUUUAAUACAAUGUAUGAGCUCUACGAUCCAUGCACCGUCAUGUUUUUCUUCCGAAACAAGCACAUUAUGAUUGAUCUUGGCACGGGCAAUAACAAUAAGAUUAAUUGGGCUUUUAACAAUAAAGCAGAGAUGAUUGAUAUCAUUGAGACCGUCUACCGCGGCGCUCGGAAAGGUCGAGGGCUUGUCAUUUCACCGAAAGAUUAUUCGACCAAGUACCGUACUACCGUGGCCACAAGUUUUAAAACUGACCAUUGUUGA